AUCAUUCCACCACACGACGAAGGCAUUAGUAAUGCGAUUAGCAAUAAUCUUGAACCCUGGAUAUGGGACUCUAAAUUUGUCGAUAAUAAUGAAUUAUGUGUUGACAAUAUAAACAAAAUCUCUGAUGCUUAUUUUGGAGAGUUGAAGGUAUUAUCGCGUCAUCGAGAAGAUAAUGCGGCAUCAACUCUCAAAUUUGUUUACACAGCCUUGCAUGGGGUUGGAACCCCAGCAGCAAAGAGAAUAUUUGAAACGUUUUCUUUAAAACCAUUUAUCCUUACCAAGGAACAAGCUGAUCCAGAUCCAGAUUUUCUGACAGUAACAUUUCCUAAUCCUGAAGAGGGAAAAGGAACAUUGGCACUUGCCAUAAAAACUGCCAAUGAAGUUGGUGCACGUAUUGUAUUGGCAAAUGACCCUGACGCUGAUAGAUUUUCAGUUUCGGAAAAACAAAAAAAUGGUAACUGGACAAUCUUUUCGGGUAAUCAAAUAGGUGUAAUGCUUGCAUCCAUUGUACUAAAUAAUUAUAAAGCCAGUGGUAAUCCACUAGAAAAAUUAGCAAUGUUAUCAUCUGCUGUAUCAUCAAAAAUGUUGGCCAAAAUUGCAAAGAUUGAAGGAUUUUAUUUUGAAGAAACUUUAACAGGAUUUAAAUGGUUAGGCAAUGUAGCGAUUGAUCUGGUAAAAAAAGGUUAUGAAGUAUUAUUUGCAUAUGAAGAAGCAAUUGGAUUCAUGAUUGGAGAUACUGUUAGAGAUAAAGAUGGUAUAAGUGCUUUAGGGACUUUUGCAGAAUUAGUUGUACAAUUAGAUAAACGAGGAAUAAGUAUUACAGAAUAUUUAGAUGAAUUAUAUAAAAAGUAUGGAUAUUUUGUAACAGAAAAUUCUUACUUUAUCUGCCAUUCUUUACCUACUAUCAAUAAGAUUUUUGAUAAAAUUCGAGACUUGACGAUUGGUUAUGAUACCUCGACAGCUGAUAAUAGACCAGCAUUACCUGUUUCAGAAAGUAGUCAUAUGAUUACAUUCGGCCUGGAAAAUGGAUGUAUUGGAACUUUAAGGACCAGUGGUACAGAACCAAAAAUAAAAUACUAUUUUGAGACAUCAGGAAAUGAUAAAGAAAAAGCUACUAAAGAAUUGUCAAAUAUUGUUAAAGCAGUUGCUGACGAACUGCUAGAACCUGAAAAAUAUGGACUAGGAUACAGAGUCAUGUAG